CGGGCCGCAGCCAGAGUUGCUGCGGCCGCCGUGUGACGUGGCACAGCCGGAGAAUUAAAGUCAGAGCCUGAGCUGCCGCGCCAGUCGCCAAGCCGGUCCUCCACCCGCUAAUUCCUGUCCCGAAGCUUCACCCGUCACGCCGGCCAACGAGCGGUCCCUGUCGCCCCCUUUCUGCCUCAGGUCUUUCUUUUCCCUUGCGCUCAGUUUGUUGGGAGUGUGAAAGGAGAAGGCCCAGGGACGCCCCGACCCCUUUUUCUGCCCAUCGCAAGUGCCACUACCGCCAUGGGCCUCACCAUCUCUUCUCUGUUCUCCCGCCUCUUCGGCAAGAAGCAGAUGCGUAUUUUGAUGGUUGGAUUGGAUGCUGCUGGCAAGACGACCAUUCUGUAUAAACUGAAGUUAGGGGAGAUAGUCACCACCAUUCCUACCAUUGGUUUUAAUGUGGAAACAGUAGAGUAUAAGAACAUUUGUUUCACAGUAUGGGAUGUUGGUGGUCAAGAUAAAAUUAGGCCUCUCUGGAGGCAUUACUUCCAGAAUACCCAGGGUCUUAUUUUUGUGGUAGAUAGCAAUGAUCGUGAAAGAAUUCAGGAAGGAGCCCAAGUACUGCAGAAAAUGUCCUCAUUCUCUGUGGAAAUUAAUGAAGGUGAUUUGCCUUGA